CUUCUCUGGCCCCUGGAUUGGCUGUAAGGACAAAAACUAGAGGAACCCAUUUACUGUUACACCCCGCACAACUUCACCCGCGACCAGGCGCUGUACGCCCGCGGCUACUGCUGGACGGAGCUGCGGGACGCGCUGCCCGGCGUGGACGCCAGCCUGUGGCCGUCGCUGUUCGAGCACAAGUUCCUGCCCUACGCACUGCUGGCCUUUGCCGCCAUCAUGUACGUGCCCGCGCUGGGCUGGGAGUUCCUGGCCUCCACGCGCCUCACCUCCGAGCUCAACUUCCUGCUGCAGGAGAUCGACAACUGCUACCACCGCGCGGCCGAGGGCCGGGCCCCCAAGAUCGAGAAGCAGAUCCAGUCCAAGGGGCCCGGCAUCACGGAGCGCGAGAGGCGCGAGAUCAUCGAGAACGCGGAGAAAGAGAAGAGCCCCGAGCAGAACCUGUUCGAGAAGUACCUGGAGCGCCGCGGCCGCAGCAACUUCCUGGCCAAGCUGUACUUGGCGCGGCACCUGCUCAUCCUGCUGCUCAGCGUGGUGCCCAUCUCCUACCUGUGCACCUACUAUGCCACGCAGAAGCAGAACGAGUUCACGUGCGCGCUGGGUGCGUCCCCCGACGGGCCGGCGGGCGGGGGGCCGGCGGUGCGGGUCAGCUGCAAGCUGCCGUCGGUGCAGCUGCAGCGCAUCAUUGCGGGCGUGGACAUCGUGCUGCUCUGCUUCAUGAACCUCAUCAUCCUCGUCAACCUCAUCCACCUCUUCAUCUUCCGCAAGAGCAACUUCAUCUUCGACAAGCUGCACAAGGUGGGCAUCAAGACGCGCAAGCAGUGGCGACGCUCACAGUUCUGCGACAUCAACAUCCUGGCCAUGUUCUGCAACGAGAACCGCGACCACAUCAAGUCGCUCAACCGGCUGGACUUCAUCACCAACGAGAGCGACCUCAUGUACGACAACGUGGUGCGGCAGCUGCUGGCGGCGCUGGCCCAGUCCAACCACGACGCCACGCCCACCGUGCGCGACUCCGGCAUCCAGACCGUGGACCCCAGCGCCAACCCGGCCGAGCCCGACGGCGCCACCGAGCCGCCCGUGGUGAAGCGGCCGCGCAAGAAGAUGAAGUGGAUCCCGACCAGCAACCCGCUGCCCCAGCCCUUCAAGGAGCCGCUGGGCAUCAUGCGCGUGGAGAACAGCAAGGCCGAGAAGCCCAAGCCCGUGCGCAGGAAGACAGCCACGGACACGCUGAUCGCCCCGCUGCUGGACGCCGGAGCGCGCGCCGCCCACCACUACAAGGCUGGGGCGGGGGACGCGGGCCCCGCACCCGCCCCGGCCCCCGACAAGAAGCACGCCCGCCACUUCUCCCUGGACGUGCACCCCUACAUCCUGGGCACCAAGAAGGCCAAGCCCGAGGCAGUGCCCGCCGCCCUGCCCACCUCGCGGAGCCAGGAAGGGGGCUUCCUGUCCCAGGCAGAGGAGUGCGGGCUGGGCCUGGCCACAGCUCCCACCAAAGAAGCUCCGCUACCUGAGACGGAAAUCUCGUUCCCCGCAGAGCCCACGCGGGCCGGGCUUCCCUCUGGGGGGCCGUUCCACGUCUGCUCGCCCCCUGUGGUCCCCACGGCAGCCCCUCUGUCACCAGCAGGCCUGGGCAAGGCCGAGCCCCUCACCAUCCUGAGCCGAAACGCCACUCACCCUCUGCUGCACAUCAACACGCUGUAUGAGGCCCGGGAGGAGGAGGAAGGGGGUCCCCGGGUGCCCCAGGACGUGGGUGACCUCAUCGCCAUCCCCGCCCCUCAGCAGAUCCUCAUAGCCACCUUCGACGAGCCGAGGACAGUCGUGAGUACCGUGGAGUUUUGAGGGUGCCCAAGGCCCCC